GCUGCCGCUGCUCUCCGGUGACAGAGGAGCGGCGGAGGAACCGACUCACGUUCUCAUCCACGGCCGAACCGGGAGAAGCGGAACCGAUCCGGGUUCAAUCGGCUGUAGCUGCUCCUGUUCCUCUUCCUCGCCCCAAUCUCGGUUCAGGAUGGAGGACUCGGAGACGGAGCUGGCGGUGUCGGAGUCAGACGCCCUGGGCGCAGACUUCAUCACGGUGGAGCUGGACACGCAGCCCAUCGAGUACGUGGUGAAGUGGGCGGAGGUCGGCUCCAAGUUCACCAUCUCCUGCGUGAAGAAGGACUCGGACGACCCGACAGACCUGACGGCCGACCAGCUGAAGAUCGAGACGGACGAGGCCUUCUUCGCUCCCUAUGAGGAGGUGUACCCCUGCGAGGUGACGGAGCAGAGCGUGGAGAUAAAGACGGACUCUGAUGAGGACGAGGAGGAUGGCGAGGAGGAGCAGGAGGUGCUGGUGGAGGCAGGGAGCAGCCAGCUGGACGGUGAGGUGGACUCGGACCAGGCCGACUUGGAGGCGGAUGAGCGGCAGUACCGCUGCAGCUACUGCGGAAAGUGUUACAGCCACGCUUCCAGCCUGUACCGCCACCAGCAGACGCACACGGGGACGCCGCCACCCGCCAAACGGGCGCUGGAGCCCACGCACCAGGAGGCGCGCUACACCUGUCCCCACUGCGGGAUGAGCUUCAAAGGCAGCAGGAUGCUGGGGAGUCACCUGCGGCUGCAUGGGAAGCGGCGGAUCCACCCCUGCAACAUCUGUGGGAAGGAGUUUAACCACAGCUCCAGCCUGUCGCGUCACCGCCUCAUCCACAAGAAAGGAAAAGGCCUCCCCAAGGAUGUGGCGCUCAGCCCCAACAUGGCCGCCCUGCGCCACUCGCUGAAGGCUGGCAGCAAGAACAAGAAGACCAAGAGGCAGCAGCAGCAGCAGCAUGUGGCAGCUGCCGUCAUUCAGAGCCAGGGCGGAGACAAGUUCUACGCCUGCCCGCAGUGCGAUAUGAGCUUCAGGACGUCCACGCAGCUGUCCAAACACCAGGUGACCCACGUCAAGGAGCUGCUGGACAACUACACGCCUGGCAAGGAGAACCUGGGCGAGAGCUCGUCAGACCUUAAGAUCCGCCUCAAGCUCUGCUCCCGCGACAAGCCCAACUUCUACACCCUCUGCAAGAAGAAUCGCCGUCGCCGGGGGGGGCGGGUUGCCAAACGGGGCCCCGCCACCUCUGAGGAGGAUGGCGGCGGAGGAGGAGCUGGUCGCCACGGCUGCAGCCAGUGUGGUAAGCGGUUCAGCCACGCCUCCAGCCUGGCACGGCACCAGCAGACCCACAGGGCGGUGGAUGGUGGCGGGCGGGGGAAGCUACAGCAGCACCACCACCAGAAGGCCGGACUCCCCGCCGCCAAGACCAAGACCUACACCUGCGCCGCCUGCAACAAGACCUUCAUGCACUCGUCCAGCUUCUCCCGCCACAAGAAGGCCCACCUGGAGGAGGAGCAGCGGGCCCGAGCCGCCGCUGCCAAGCGCAGGAAGAGAGUCGUCUUAGACGAGACCGCUCCGCUGGAGUCCGACUCUGAGUGACGUCACCCGGCUCUGGACUGGUUCUGGACCUGUUCUGGGUUGGUUCUGAAUCAGAGCUGACUGGUUCUGGACUGGUUUGGGGCCAGUUCUGGAAAAGUUCUAAUUUGGAAAAGUUCUGGACCAGUUCUCCACAGGUUCUGGACCAGUUGGGAUGGAUUCUGGGCUGCUGGUUUUGGGAACUGGACCUGGUUGAUUCUUCUCUGGUGUAGAUAGCAGCAGGACAUCCAUAUAUGGUCGUAUGACGGGGGGAUCUCCACAUAUGGUCAUUUCCAUAUAUGGUCAUAACUGACCGUUAACUAAUUGCUCUUAAAGGAUGGGAUUAGAUUUAAAGUGUUACCCCUGCCCCAUGCCCCGCCCCCUGUCACAUGCCCCGCCCCCUGCCCCAUGCCCCGCCCCAUGCCCUGUGCCCCACACCCUCCACCUGUCAGGUUGCACACGGACGCUGUUUGCUUUCAUUCUGCCCUCUAUACACUCCAUCUCCCAUCAGCCACCUGAGGAGAGAGCUGGGAGCUACAGGACCUGUCAGAGCUCAGAGCAUUCUGGGAAACUGAGUCCCAUGAAGAACAGACCUGUGGGUUCAGACAGCAGCCGGUCGCUUCCACCGUGCAGACGAUUAUUAACGACAAACUCUCAAACUCCGCCCCUCUGCUCCUCCAAUCAGAUCAGAGCCACUCUGUCUUUGAAUCCUAUUGGUCGACAGCUGAGUACGCUCCGUCAAUAAUAAUAAUAAUAAUAAUAAUGAUAACAAUAAAUAUGAUCAGCUGAUCAUCUGGACUUAGUUUUGUCAUCGCUAACCCUCCGCACAGGUCUGACCAAGUUCCUCUCUGACAUCAACGCUCACUUCCUCCAUGUUUUUUUUUUCAUCACAGUGAUUUUGAUUGGCUGAAGCUCUGAUUGGUUAACUGUUUAUAGCUUUUGAUACUUUUAAAAUGUGAAAUCGGAGCUGAUCGGUCUGAGCUGGCGUUCCUCAACACAUGCAUGAAGACUAUAACCUGCAGCUCGUCGGCCAUAUUUGUAGUUUUUUGGUGGUGGUGCAUGUGUGCGUGCGUGUGUGGAGACCGAUCUGCAGUGUGCAGUCGUGUCGCGGAGGUCGACGGGGAAACUGCACUACUUAUUUAUGAAUUUGGAACAUUGUUGUAAUGUAUAAAUAUUUAAAUGUGACUCACCAGUUAAAACUACAGAGCUGCCCUCGUUACCGUAGCAACACCGCCACCACCUUCAUCGUUUAGCCUUGUCGUCGUCAAGCACACAGGAAACGACUCAGACGUCCAGAUUUUCAAAGUUAAAGCCUUCAAGUGAGUUUAUUAAACACAAAGUACAUGAAUCAUCAUCAACGAUUCUGAGACAAAAAGCCGUCAAACUUCCGUCUGAAGAAACUUCCGGAGACAAAACGCUGUUUUCAUCACUCACUCGUUUUUACAAACUGAAAUGUGAAGUUUUGACGACAUUUGGACAAAAACUAAUCAGUGACAUGAAAGUUUCGAUCCUGUCGGACGUCAUUGUCGUCGUCGUCUUCCUCCCUGACAGACGGAGAAGCUUCAGUCAAAGUGAAACCCCCAGACCCUGAAGCCCCCCCCCCCCCCCAACCUUCACUUCCUGUUUCCUGCCCGCCGAGCCGUCUGACGGCGGCGGACACUUUGAGUUUGUGAAUAACAUUUUACUGUGUGAAUUGGAUUUGACUUAAUUUAAUGGUGACCUAUUUAUACGUGUGUGUAGGCGGCAGACUGUCGCACUACGAACCUCCCGUAGAAAAAAACUAAGAAGAAGAAGUUCCUACUCCUCCUCUUGCUCCUCCUCCUCCUCCUGCUUCUCCUCCUCUUCUUGCUCCUGCUCUUCAUCCUUUUGGUUUUUUGUUUCCUCAGUUUCGGGCCUUAAAGCUGCCGCUCUCCUCUUUUGGUCCACCGUUUUUGGAUCCACGUUGUGUUGGUUUGUUUUCUCUUCGGUUCGUGGUUUCAGCGAAGCUUCACCUGCAGAUAGAAGGUUGUUCGUCAUUGUGUCGUGUUUGCCAAUAGAAAUAAACCCAGUUGACAUGUUUUGUCUUGCGUUUUGUAAUAAAGCUUUAAAACCAG